AUGCACGCCAAAACAGAUUCUGAGGUAACAAGCCUCGCCGCGUCCUCCCCCACGCGCUCCCCUCCUCGCCGCCCUCUCUACUACGUCCAGAGUCCCUCCAGGGAUUCUCACGAUGGCGAGAAGACCGCCACGACGUCGUUUCACUCCACCCCUGUUCUCAGCCCUGUCGCCUCCCCUCCCCACUCGCGCCACUCCUCCUCCACGCGAUUCUCCAAGAAGGACCACAGCCACAGUCUCAAACCCUGGAAGCAAAUCGAUGUCAUUGAGGAGGAAGGCCUUCUCCAAGGUGAUGAUCGCCGCAAUGGGCUCCCUCGCCGCUGCUAUUUUCUAGCCUUUAUUGUUGGGUUCCUGCUUCUCUUCUCCCUCUUCUCGCUCAUCCUCUGGGGGGCUAGUAGACCCAUGAAACCCAAGAUCUCAAUCAAGGUCUUUUUCCUUUUUGUCUUCGCUGCUGUGUUUUUGGUUUUGAUCCUUGGUUUGAGCUCUUCGGGGUGGAUAGUGACGUGGGGCUUGAUCGAGUUUGAGUUUUCAGGAUGGGGUCUAUGA